AUGGUAUCCAAUAGUGAUUUCUGUCAACACUUCACCAAUAUCUUAUUUACUAACUCACACAUGAAUACAACUCUUCAGCAUAUACCACCAAAGAAUAGUGCAUUCAUUGCAAGCAGAAUUGAACAGAUAUCGAAAGACGUGAACAGUCCAUUGAAAGAAGACAAAAAUCUACUAUUCCCCCCGCGUCAAUUGUAUCCAAUAGUCACUACAAGAAAUUUAACACCAUGUUAUCAUAAUUAUGAUGACAGUGUACAAGUCGAUUGUUGUACUUGGUCACCUGACCCACUGAUCAAUGGUCCUGGUAGAUGUGACUGCAUUCUUGCCACUCUGCUAGCUGUUAUCAGUAUUAUCUUACUGCUUAUUGGUACACUGCUAACUGUUUUGCAUUAUAUAAUCGGUAUAGAGUUUUAUACAAUUCAUCGUGGUCGAAUUCUUGGUCCUGUACUUCUUGGAUUAUUACCUAUCCCCCUGUUGUUUAUGAUGUAUUUCAUGUGUAUGGCUAGACAGAAAGUUGUCAGUUAUACUGAACAGAUGGCCUUGGAUUAUUCAGCUAGAGAACGAUUGGCGUAUAAACAGUAUCAGGCUGAACUAGCCCGAAGUUCAAUCGGUAUACGAAGCAUACCAUCGAAAUACAUAUAA